UAUCACCACUUGGCUCCACACAGAAUCAAUAACGUUCGACGUUGUCACGUUUCAGGGAUUGAUUGAUAACGCCUUACUGCCACCUGAUAGCUCAAUUUAGACUACGACUACCUCUUUGAUUUUUAUUUUUUUCCCUCUCCAUCACAUCCAAGUUAUGUAGUAGAGACAUAUAUGUUCUCAGAUGAACACCCUUCUCCCCGGUGAAGUGACUUUAAUGCCUCAUGAAUCUACCUCAAGCAACUACAAUUUUGCAAUUCGACACAUCAGCUUGACGUGUCCGCAAAUGUAUACCUCAACUGUAAACUGAGCCUUGUGUUUGUGGUGACGCCACAGAUGGCUUCGUUUCCAGACUCGGACCUGCAGACGUGCCCGCUCUGCAAGGAGCUGUGCGGCUCCUCAGCCCCCAUUUCCUCCAGCUCGUCCACCUCCUCCUCCUCCUCUCACACCUCUUCAUCCUCCAGCCAGACCAGCAGGAGACUGCACGUCCUGCCCUGCCUACAUGCCUUCUGCAGGCAGUGCCUGGAGGGCCAGCGCAGCCCCGGAGACCCACUCAAAUUACGCUGCCCCACUUGCGACCAGAAGGUGUCCAUCUCUGAGGCCGGCGUGGACUCCCUUCCUUCCUCCAACUUCCUCUUUAGCAACUUGUUGGAUGUGGUGGUGAGCACCGACGAGCAGAUCCAGAACAAGAAUGGCCACCACCACCCCCAUCGAGGAGGCUUGGGCUCCUCUGGUUUCCAUAACGCCCACGGAGGCAUUCUGCACCCCCAUCUCACGAGAGAGCCUCAGUGCAACUCCUGCGACGAGGAGAACCUGGCCACGUCCCACUGCCUCGACUGCCAAGAGUAUCUGUGUGACAACUGCGUGCGUGCACAUCAACGGGUGAGGCUCACCAAGGACCACUUCAUCGAGCGGCUUGGGGAGAACCUUCACCUGGGCCGAGUCAACAGCAACCCGGGCCAACCAGGCAUGUCGGUGUCUCUCGCCCAGUCCCUGCAGAACAACUUUGCGCUGCUAUCCCUCUUCCAGGACCGCAUGAGCUUCUGCCAACAUCACGAGAAUGAGGUUUUCCUAUUCUUCUGCGAGAGCUGCUCUGUGCCCAUCUGCAGGGAGUGCAGCAUGAGCCGUCAUGUGGGCCACACUUUUGUUUACCUCCAAGAUGCAGUGCAGGACUGCAGGUCCGUCACCAUCCAGCUGCUGGCUGAUGCACAGAAGGGACGACAGGCCGUACAGCUGAGCAUGGAGAAGGUCCAGGCCAUGGCGGAGCAGGUGGAGAUUAAGGCUAAGGUGGUGCAGACCGAAGUGAAGGCCCUGGUCCUCAGACACAAGAAAGCGCUGGAGGAGAGAGAGUGUGAACUACUGUGGAAGUUGGAGAAGAUCCGACAGGUGAAGGCCAAGUCGCUGUACCUGCAGGUAGAGAAACUGCACCAGAGUCUGACCAAGUUGGACAGCACCAUCGCUGCCGUCAGCCAGGUGCUGGACGAAGGCCGCCACAUUGAUGUGCUGCUGGCGCGUGAGCGAAUGUUCACCCAACUCCAUGAACUCAAAGCACUCAGGAGCCUGAUGCAACCACAGGAGGAUGACCGUUUCAUGUUCACUCCUCCAGACCAGGCUCUAUACAUAGCCAUCCAGUCCAUGGGCCUGAUCAGUAGUGGAGCUUUUGCCCCAGUCACCAAAGCGCAUGGUGAUGGUCUUAACAGUGCGCUUCGUGGCAAGCAUGCAGCAUUUACUGUGAUUGGAUACGACCAUGACGGCGAGCCCCGUCUAUCCGGCGGGGACAUGGUAACCGCAAUUGUCAUGUCUGUCGCUGACGCCAAUCUGUCUGCCGCGGAAGUGACCGACCACCAGAAUGGCUCGUACACAGUCGGCUAUGUGGCCAAAUGUGAGGGGGAGCACCUGGUGUCAGUGUUGGUGUGCAACCAGCACAUCCAGGGCAGCCCCUUCAAGGUGUUUGUGAAAUCAGGCCGCAGCUACGGCUCCCUGGGUUCCCAAGUGUCGUCGUUCGGCGGCGAAGGCGAGGGCGAUGGUCAGCUGUGUCGCCCCUGGGGGAUCAGCGUGGACAAGGAGGGAUUUGUGGUGGUGGCGGACCGCAGCAACAACCGCAUACAGAUAUUCAAGCCCUGUGGCGUAUUCCACAGCAAGUUUGGCUCUUUGGGGUCUCGGCCCGGUCAGUUUGAUCGCCCGGCCGGGGUUGCCUGCGACAGUCAGAGGCGAAUCAUUGUGGCCGAUAAGGACAAUCACCGUGUGCAGGUGUUUACUUUUGAGGGCCAGUUCCUACUGAAGUUUGGGGAAAAGGGGACCAAGAAUGGGCAGUUUAACUAUCCCUGGGAUGUGGCUGUCAACUCUGAGGGUAAGAUCUUGGUUUCUGACACCAGGAACCACCGUGUGCAGCUAUUUUCCCCUGACGGCUCCUUCCUCAACAAGUACGGCUUUGAGGGGGCUCUGUGGAAACACUUUGACUCCCCCAGAGGUGUGGCCUUCAACCACGAGGACCACCUAGUGGUGACCGACUUCAACAACCACCGUCUCCUGGUCAUCCGGCCCGACUGCCAGUCUGCCCGGUUCCUGGGCUCCGAGGGCAUCGGUAACGGUCAGUUCCUGAGGCCCCAAGGUGUGGCCGUGGACCAGGAGAACCGCAUUAUCGUGGCAGACUCCCGCAACCACCGCGUGCAAGUGUUUGAGCCCAACGGAAACUUCUUAUGCAAAUUUGGAACCCAGGGGAGUGGCUUUGGACAGAUGGAUCGCCCCUCUGGGGUGGCCGUGACGCCGGACGGAGUCAUUGUCGUCGUCGACUUCGGGAAUAAUCGUAUCCUCAAAUUCUAGAAACAGCAUUCUCUCCUUCCAUUUGGCAUUUUAUGUUUUUUUGUUUGUUUGUUUUUUCCAACAAAAGAAAUGGAGGCGAGAGAAUGAAUCAGAAAACUGACACAAUGGGAGGAGAGCUCAGAGGAUUGGGAGCACGUUGAUGAGAAGGGAACACAAACCUAAAUAUAUUUUUUCCCACUUACACAUUUUCAAUCCAAUAAAUGCGGUAUGUAUUUCAAAAAGGACCUCUACAAAUAGAUAAUCAGUAGCAAAAAAAAAAGAGAAAUUUUUCCCUUCCUCAUAGUCAGCUGCUCUAUUCUUUCUGGAAGCUCUUCUCGAGUAUCCAUCUCAGGGAAUUUCUCACUUUUCUUGAAACCUCGUACUGUCUGCUCCACACCUACCUCAUUUAGCUCUUUAUGAAUGUACUCAUUGUCACUGAGCAGAGGUUUAUUAGUCCGUGAAGUUUUACAAAGAAGAAAAGCGCCUACCUCUAUACUUUUAUUUAAGAGACAAAACAAAAAGAGAGAAUAGACUCUUCAGUCGAUUUAUUUGCACAGGAGUAAUAGAAUUUGUGCUGUGCAUUUUUAAAAAAAAAAUGAGUUAAGUGAACCUCCUGAAUGUUGUUGCUGAGACAAUACUCAGACCGCUGUAGAGGCUGCAUGAUUCAUUCUCACUAGAAUGCAGUGCAAGAAAAGGAAUUUUGAGUACAGUAGUGUCUUCAUAAUUUCCUUUAUCUUAUUUUUAUUUUAUUUGCUAAGGCAUUGACCCCUCAUAACUAUGCUUGAAUUUGUCUAAUCAUUAUGGCCCAACUAGAAUGUGGAGAGAAAAUGCCACAAUAUAAUACAUAGCUCAGGUAAUAGUUCGGCUGAUUUGGAAUGAUCAGUACUUUUCAGGCUUCCUUUUAGCAUCACUCUUACCCAUGUUCAGUAUAACAGAUCGGGCCUGUAAUGAUAUUGUAAAAUGUGUUUUGUCCUUUUCCGUGAGGCCCCAAAAUACGAUACCAUGUUAGACUGGAUUUGUGUAUCCUAUAAAGAUCCAGUCAGCUGUAUGACCAACUAGGAUGCAAAGAUUAGUAUGGAAGGAUCACUUGCUCUCCUCCAAAAGGGAGGACCCACAAAGAUGUGUGGGUGGAGAAAUUUUCCAAGAUCAGGAUCUAUUAGUGAUCUUAACGUAGUUGAAUGAUACCUUUUUCCCCUGAGGCAGUGUGUGACAAAAGCCUCAUAACUAGACACAGUCCAGACGAUGAAAAUAUCAAAUAGACUGAAGACUUAUUAAUACAGUGAACCCCCACGAGUCACAGGGGCUCUGCUGCGAAUAGCAAAAAAUUGUCAAAAGUGUGUGACAUCCUCCUAAAAGGGUUUGUAAUUGCCUAUAAAUGCCAAGAUGGUGGCAAAGCACUAGUCUUGUCUAAAGCUCCUAAACUCACUUCAACAUAUUUUGCAGUCAGCAUCCGCACCAUUUGCAUUCCUUGGCACCUUGCGAAUGCCGACCGUGAAUAUGCGGGGGUUCACUGUACAAUCCUUUGGAUGCGAGCUAUGGUCAAAAACCACCCUCUUCCAAUCCAACAGAAGGGCGUGACCACAAAAGAUUGCUCCGAUUUGUUAACGCUCGGUCUGAGGAGGCUUCUCCAGACCUAAGAGCUAGUAGACCAAUCCUCUAAAGAUGGAGGUCUAUAGACCAACUUAUAGAGUCAACCAAAGUUAGAAUAUCUGUACAGUGGCCAAUUAAAAAACUGGCAUUUUAAAAAGAUUUAAAAAGUUACGUUCUUCAAUAAUCAUUGUUGCUGGCAAAAGUUACUGGCAUAACUCGUGGAGUUUGGUAGCACUGCCCGCUGACACUGCACGAGUACUUUGACAUCCUGUGUGAAUCCUAUAUCUAGCCACAUAGAAAACCAAAGAGAAUCCUUCCUUCCCCUUUUUAACUCCAGUUAUCCAAUGUAGAACAAACUGUAGCGCCCCAAAUAUACCCUUGUAAGCAAAUCCAUGAAAUCUUUGCGGUGAAAACAUCGUGGGGUGUUGGAUCCUUGCCCUUAUUUCAAUCUGUGCCCCACUUGAACGCACUCGACAAUUCAUGUUCUGUUAGUGGCUUCCUUGUUCUAGCGAAAGCCGUGGAAAGAUUCACUGACAGGCUCUCUUCUCUGAGGAGAGGACCUGUCCGCACAUGAUCCGGACCCACAUCCCCUAUGGGAUAUUUUCUUUCAACCUCAGUGUUUGUUUACCUCGUGGACCGCAACACCUCAACUCAGUUUGUAGCUACUGCUCACGUUCAUAUACCUCAAAUGUAUGGUUUCCAUUUGAAUACCUCAUUUUUACGUUUAAUGUUUUUAUUUGUUAGCAUACCUCAUCAGAUGCGUAUACAUCGCUAAUAUACCUCAUGUUUUGACUGGUGUGUUGCAGUACAGUGCACGUCUCAUAGCUCUAGGACCAAAGAUCGUGGCACUGUUAAACUCGUGUUGUGGUCAUGUGUCUCCAUCGCGCAACUUCGAGCAGUUUUUUUCGCUUGGUUGACUUUGCUGUAGUAUUAGUUGCCUUUUUUUUUUUAUUAUUAUUAUUUUUUUUAUAUAAAUAUAUAAAGAAUCACCAACCAAACCAAAAAUUUCCGUCGAUAGCAUAGUGCCAAAAGGAUCUCUGUUAAGUUCUGUGCCAAGGACCACGCUGUUGUUGAUGACAAAACGUCACUGGACCACGAUAUCGGAGAUAUAAAUGUUGACCCGGGGAAGCCGAGGCUAAAUCCUGCGGCUCUCUGAUGGGAUGCACUUAAGAGGGCUGGGCCCUGAUUCUCUUUUACCUCACGACGAUGAACUCGCAGAUUUCCGCUUGUACUUUUGUUAUCGCGUGCAAGGAAGGGGUGAGGGAGGGAGCAAGCGUUUAAAAACUUCACUCGUCGCACAAGAAUUACCUCAACUUUCAGCACAACUUACCAAUGUUUAUGCACACGUCAGGACUUGUCUUGAUUUUGGUGCUAACGAUUAUUAACAUCAUUAAAGGAAAGGUUUCUUAAUUAGCACAGGGAGGAACAACACCAACAGUCAGUUUGUUUUUGCGUUUUCAGUAUUAGUAUGUUCAUCCACCACGUCUGCAUCCUUUUUUUUGGAAACAAAGAUUGCCGAGUUCUAUCUUUAAGAUCUUUUGGUCUUCACUCUUUAAGAGGGAAAAAAAACGUAUUUUAAACCUUUUAUUUAGUUUUUCAUUUUGUUGCAUGCUUUAAAAAAAUCCUUACCAUACUGAAGUCUUAUUUUUUUUGGAUGGGCGUUGGGGAAAAAACAGGCAGGGAGCUGACUUUUUGGGAGAUGGAUCGUUUACCAAGAAAUUUUCCCAAAGACGUGCGAGUGCGCUAGAAUAGGAUUGACCUUUGCGAUUGUAUUUGGUGUUCUCUUGAGAGGCUCCGCAGAGCACAACCUGUUCAGUCAGCCAUGCCUCAAUUCCUAACCAACAUUAGAGGCAAAUAGCAACUUGAGGCCUCUCGAGGACUUCUUUUGCGUGCCUCCAUCGCUUUACUUGCGGAAGUUCUUAAAACUUUCCACACUGCAUUGAUUGAUUCGCCCACACCGGGGCAGCCUUUCGGGGUCCCCUCUGUCACUGUCCAGCAGUCGACUUCCUCUAUUUGACAAUCCAGGAAGUGAUGUGAUGGCUGCCGAUCAUGUGACUGGUUGACUGCACACUUGCAUGCGUGUCCCGCCGUCUAAUUUAUGGCCUCUCGUGGUUUUCAAGUGAGAGGAAAAAAAGUAAAGCUGCACCGGGUGAUGUGUGCGAGGUCAUAGACCUCCUUUUUAAGUGAUUGUAUGCUCGAACAUAAAGACAAAAAAUAUGGUUGGUGAACAUUUAGAAAGGAAAAAAAAAUAUAUAUCUCAGGUAGUUCUCAGCAGUCCUGUCCUGCUGGUGUCUCAUUGAAAUGUGUCCCGUAGAAAUAAAGUAGAUAACCCAUGCCCCUUCUUUUUCCCUUUUCCCCUGUUUUGGACCUUAGUGCUAGUCUGAUUCUUUUGUGUGUCCAUUUAAAUAUUAAAACAAAAAUCUCAAUCUAAAAAAUGGCUUUUGAUUAACUUCCCCUGAUUAAUUUUUGUUUCUUUUACAACAACAAAAAUACAAAUACCACACACCACCCAUGCCCAUUAGCCCUUUUAGAAUGUAUUUUGUGAAGAAAAGGGUUCAAUGGCGUCCGGUCGAUGCUCGCUCCCUACAACUCGCUGCUGGACCCCCGCACAAGUCCACAUUUCUCGCCACCACGCACCCACAUCAGCAAUAUUUCUAGCAUCGUGUGGCGUAAGCCAGUGUCAACAUCUGUGCGGAUGGGGCUGGGGUGGCGUGCCCUUCUUUCAUCCAAUCGGUGUUGGUCCAGCAGCGUGGAAGGAGUGGCUGUUGUAGUUUGUGCAUCUGUUGUCAAAGCAGACCUCCACUGAAUGUAACCCUCACAGUCCAGGAGGCAGCGCGAGUAGACGUGGCCUGCUGAGUUUAGAUGAGUGCUGCUGGCGCUUCCUCCUCAGGGCCUUUGUGUGUUUGUUUGUGUGUGUUUGCCUGUCCCUGUUCAACACACAUUGUGCUGAGUGGAAGUGCAGAUGUCAGGUCUUCAGUCUAAAUAAGCCAAAGGAGACUAUAAUAUUUUUGGGCACCUGCUGCUCGCGCUGUACUCUUUGGACUUUAAACGUUUCCU